AUGAAUUUCAAGAAUGACUUUGAUAUGUUUGUUGGUGGUAAAUCUGGAGUAUUUAAAGGAGUUAAAAUUGAUAAAAAUAAAUGUAUAGCAAAAAAUAUACAAAAUUUAGUAUCAAUUACAAAAGAUCAUGAAGUAACAACAAUGUCUUGGGGUGAUGAUGAUGAUGAAAAAGAUGUUCUUAUUGGUUGUGGAUCUGCUGAAAAUCGAAGUGUAAAAGUUUACGACUCACAACACUCGGCUUUUUCGACUUCGUUUUCCUGCAAUGUCAGUGCUGGAAAAAUUCGUGGAAUUUCUCGUUACAAUGAUUGUAUAAUAACAGCAGUAGAAUCUGGAGACAUUAAUCUAUGGAGACGCAGCGAAAGUAUAAAAGUUAUAAAAACGAAUGAGGAUUUGCACGCCAUGAGACACAAUAAAUUCAAUAAGAAUAUAAUAGCAACCGGAGGAAAAGAGCAUCCUUUGCAAUUAUAUGAUUUGGAGCAAGACAAAGUAACGUUCAAAGAAAAAAACGUUCGACAUGACUGGUUGGAGAUGCGUGUACCCGUCUGGGUAUCUGAUAUUGGUUUUUUACCAGAUUCGUCUAAGAUAGCAACUUGCAGUCGCUAUGGAUACGUAAGUAGUUUAUUAAUUAAUUAA